GGUACACCCUCUUUGACGCAUUCCACUUCUGUGUGGCUUCGUGUUCGUGGUGGCUCUUGGCUAUGUUUUUGAGCACUGUUGUCUUGGAAUGGGACGUGUGGUGGCAGCCCCCUUCAUAGCCAAAGAGUAUGGGAACCGCUGUUUGUAAAGUAGCUCUUCGCAAGUUUUGUCUAGCGCUUUAACACUAUGCAGCCCUAGUGGUGACCGGGCACCCUGGAAAGUCUGGGAAGAAGGCAAUGUAAUAAAACCGAGUCCGAGGCGAGAUCAUGGCGGCACCACUCGCGCGGGACACUUUACCUGAUCAAUGGUCUUACGGAGUUUGUCGAGAUGGUCGGGUUUUCUUUAUUAACGAUAAAACUCGCAGUACUACUUGGCUACAUCCUCGGACGGCUGAACCUGUCAACUCAGGACACAUGAUAAGAUCAGAUUUACCAAGAGGAUGGGAGGAAGGCUUCACGGACGAAGGGGCGAGCUACUUCAUCAACCACAACCAGAGGAGUACAUCAUUCCGACACCCAGUGACCGGUCAGAUAUCUCCUGAAAACACAGAGUACACACUGCAGGACAGGAUAGAAUCCCGCAUGUCCAAGCAACUGGCCAAUCAGAGGACCCCCAGUGUGGUCAGCCAGUCCUCCACGGGUGUCCCUACGACGGCAGUGGACACCGCCCCGGGGACAAGGGUGCAGAACCUCAGGGCCUCCGGGAAAGUCCACAGCUUUGGCAAGCGGGACCAUGCCAUCAAACGCAACCUCAACGUCCCGGUGGUGGUGAGGGGCUGGCUCUACAAACAGGACAGCUCUGGAAUGCGGCUUUGGAAACGGAAGUGGUUUGUUUUGUCUGACUUCUGCCUGUUUUAUUACAAAGAUAGUCGAGAAGAGACGGUGCUUGGUAGCAUACCCCUACCCAGUUAUGUCAUCACUCCAGUGGAUCCUGAUGAUCACAUAAGCCGGAAAUACGCAUUCAAGGCCAGCCACACAGGAAUGCGCUCCUACAUUUACAAUAAGAACUCUGUGAUUGGCUCGCAGGCGGAACACUGCGGGAUGCGAACGUACUUCUUCAGCGCCGACACUCAGGAGGACCUGAACGGCUGGAUACGGGCCAUGAAUCAGGCCGCACGCAUGCAGCAGAGCCACACGGUCAAAAGAGAGCUGGAGAGGCCUGAGAAGGCAGCGGUGGUACAGCAGCAAGCCGUCCCCCAGAGCCAUCACUCCGGAGGUGGGAAGCAGACGCCCGGCCAGAGGGACGCCCCCCACCGAGCCCAGAGGGAGGAGCCCCAGGAUAACGGCGUCCGAUUGGCCCCCGGCGAGGAGGUUCGGUACGGCCUGGAGAUCCACGGGAGGCCCCCCCAGCCCGCCACCGGGGAGGAGGGGAGGGUCGACGGCCGCUCGCCCGACCCGGGCCCCGGCCCCGGCCCCAGGAACGGCCACCUGACCGUGGCCCAUGUGUCGCUGCCCUCGGAGGCCAACGGGAAUGCCGGGUACAAGCGGGCCCCGGGCCCCCGGAUUAGCACGGAGAAGGAGGUGCAGAGGAAGACGGCCCUGGCCCAGGUGGAGCACUGGGUCAAAGUUCAGAAAGGGGACCCCCCCAUGAGCGCGCCGUCGGCCGAGUACCACCUCCCCCGCCGGACCCCGCCCACCAAGCCCAAAGCCAACGGCGGCGCGGCGGACCCCUCCCUCCCCUCCCUCCCCUCCCCCUCCUACCUCUCCCUGCCCAAGGGCGCGGCCCACCUCCCGCCCAGCGCCAGCUCCCCGCCGGCGGCCAGCAAGCUGACCAGCGACUACAAGUACGCCCACGACCGCCUCAGCCACUUCUGCAUGUCCACGGACGAGCGCACGGCCACCAAGGAGGGCAUGGUGUGGCAGCUGUACGAGUGGCAGCAGCGGCAGCAGUUCCGCCACGGCAGCCCCACCGCGCCCAUCUACACCCCGGGGCCGGGCUUCCUGGACGCCUCGGCCUUCCGCGUCACCGUGGAGAUGCCCCGCUCCAUCUCGGUGCCCCCGUCGCCCUCGGACCUGCAGCCGCCGCCGCCGCGCGUGCCCGCCUCCUUCAAGCCCCUGUCGCCCCGCCGGCCCCACACCCCGCUGGGCCGCGUGACGGUGAAGCCCCUGGACGACGGCGCGGUGGCGCCCCCUCCUGGGGACAGCACAAUGUCCCACUCGCCCAGGAGCGUCUGUGCGCCGCUCUCUCAGAUGGAAAGAAGGUCGAUGCCAGCCAUGGGAUACAUCACACACACCGUCAGUGCUCCGAGCUUGCACGGCAAAACGGCUGACGACACAUACAUUCAACUGAAGAAGGACCUGGACUAUCUAGAUCUGAAGGUGACUGGACGUGAAAGCCUGAAGGAAAGAGCAUUGAAACCCGUCAAAAUAGCAGAAAGUGAUGCUGAUGUGAAACUGAGUAGGCUGUGUGAGCAGGACAAGAUCCUUCAGGAACUAGAAGCAACGAUACGCGCCUUGAAGGAAGACAAGGACAAGUUGGAGUCGGUGCUGGACAUCUCCCACCAGCAGAUGGAGCAGUAUCAGGACCAGCCAGCCCACGCUGAGAAGAUCGCCUACCAGCAGAGGUUACUGCAGGAGGACGUGGUGCACAUCCGCGCCGACAUCUCCCAGGUGUCCACGGAGAUGGAGAACGCCUGGGGGGAGUACAGCCGUCUGGAGGGCGAUGUGGACUGGCUCCGCUCAGCCUUGCAGGCCCAGAUGAACCGCAAUGACAUCUCUCAGCAGGAGAAGGCUGAGCUGAGGAAGGAGCUCUGGAGGAUGGAAGACGUGAUGGCGGGCCUGAGCUCCAGCAAGGCCAACUACAAGGUCACCCUCUCCUCUGUGACCAACCCAGGUGAGAGGAGUGCAGUGUCCGCCAACCCGACCCACACGCACUGGGACCCACAGAGAGAGAGGAAAUUUGUGCCUUCCGUUUCGGCGUCAGCAGUGCCUUCUGGGUGUGGUAGUCCGUCCGCUGUGGAGAUGAGGCAACAGCAGCAACAACAACAUAGCCCCCACCUCAGUCCCACGAGCCCAAGCCCCAGACCCGGGCAACAGCCCCUGCUUCACCCCACCGCGCCCAUCUCCACCAGGCUAAUAUGGGGUGAGGAAGAUGCCCCACCCAGACCCCCCCUACCUCAGCUCUACAGUCCAGAUGAGCACCCCCCCGCUGUGCCCCCGUUGCCCAGGGAGACCAACGUCAUCAGACACACAUCUGUACGAGGCCUCAAGAGACAGUCAGACGAACGCAAGAGAGACCGAGAGACCGGCCAGUUCACCAAUGGAGACGGCAGGUUGGAGAUUAGGUGCUUCCUCAGUGAGCCUGAGCUUCUGGGAAUUGGAGGCAAUAGCAGCCACAUUGGGACUACAACAUUAUCUCGAGACGGAGGUUACCAGACCUUACCUAGCAGAGGAAUGUCCGGCUCUUCUUCUAUGGUGAAUCAGUCCUCCAACAUCUCUUCCUACGUGACCAUCAGACGGGCGGCCUCUGCUGUAGGCUGGGCGGAGAGACCAAAGAGUGCCUUGGAGCGUCUGUACUCCGGGGAGCCGGCGCUGCAGCAGCAUCAGCAGCAGCUCCGGGGCAAGAUGAGUGCCGACGAGCAGCUGGAGAGGAUGAAGAGGCACCAGAAGGCGCUUGUCCGCCAGCGCAAACGCACCCUGAGUCAUGGGGACGCGCGUGCACACGGGUCGGCGUCCCGCGCCGCCUCCUCCUCCUCGGCGUCCACGCAGCGGCCGCUCUCAGCGGACCUGGGCUCUUGGAGGAGAGAGCAGGAGUUUGACCUGCAGCUGCUGGAGCGGGCGGUGCAGGGCGAGGAGGCGCGCGGCGAGGAGGCGCGCGGGGACGAGGAGUGGGAACCCGAGCGUCGCAGCGUCCAGGGAGAGGAGGGACGCCCUGAGGAGCACCAGGAGAGACCCCGCUCCCGGUCCGACGAGUGGCUGACUUUCAGGGCCCCCGAGCCCCUAGCCACAGCCGGCACACCCCCCCACCGGCUGGAGCCCCUGGAGUACGACCUGGACCUCAGCAAAGAGCUAUCCACGCCCCAGAAGGUGUUGAUCCCUGAGCGCUAUGUCGACUCUGAGCCGGAGGAGACUCUAAGUCCCCAGGAGGUGGAGGAGCGUCAUCGCAAGGUGGAGCGCAUCAAAAGCAUCCUUGCUAAGUCCAGUGUGCAGAAUCUGGCGCUGGCCGUGGCCAUGGAUAAGAAGCCCGAGGUAGGGGGUCUCGGGGGUCUGGACUCGGCCCUGCAGGAGCAGGAGAGGAUCAUCACCAUGUCGUAUGCACUGGCUUCCGAGGCGUCGCUUAAGAGCAAACAGGUCACAGGUACGUCCGCUCGUCUGUUCAACCACCUGCUCCAGCUCACUUCUCAAAGACUCCUUGUCUUUAGUGAGGUUUCUUCUUCCUGACAUGCCCAUUGUUUACCUUGAAAGACCUUCGGUUAUGAUGAUAAUGUGUCUUGAAAAAAGAAAGUGGUAAUGACUACAGAUUGGAUCAGUAAAACUCUCCAGGCAAUGAAUUGAUAUUCUUUGGUUGCGGAAAAAGAAAACUAUAAAGUGGGGAAGCAGUCUUUCAAGAAUCAGUGACGGUGUAAAGAUGAGAGGGAGAAGGUGCAGAGCGAAGCAAACAGGGUCCUUAUCCCCUAAUAACUGAACAUUAUUCCUUGUUAGCGGAAAACCGUCUGAACUAAGACGUGUCUAAUUGUGCACCAUGUUGUAAUCUUUGAGACGGUGGGAGGGAUCUCUUGAUGAGGCCAUUUUGUGUGCUGAUCAAUGAUCCAGUCCAACUAGGGCCAGGACUCUCCCUCAUGCAUCCCGUAUAGCUGGCUCUUUGAACAUUGCUCUGAACCUGCAUAAAAGACACUCAGCCCCACUUUUCAUCUAUCUCGUAGGCUCGCAGCCGAGCGGGCUAGUUCAUUUUUAUAGGAGAAGCAGGAGUUGGAGUAUCUUCAGACGAGUCUCUGUUUCAUUCUUUUUCUCUCUCUUUCUCUCUUACCCUCACACACACACACACACAGACGCGCACACACAUAGACACUUACGCACGCACACAUCACUGGAGUGUCACGCACAGUAUCGCUCAAGCCGUAAGCAUGUGAAGGAGCUUUAAUAUGCACAGUGAAGCAAAGUCAACAAUUAUAACAUUAUUUCCAGCGUAGAGAAAUGUCAGAGAAUAUAACUUGUGGCAUCUUGUCAGCGGAGUCUGACUCAAUGAUGUUUCUUUCCCUUUGGUGUAAGAGUAAGGUAUGCGGGUGCCCUUUCAAGUCUCUGAAUUAAAAAGAAGAUUCUUUUCCAAGGGAUUAUGCAUGAGAGACUUCAAUAAUUACAAGCAUUUCGGGUGCAAGUAAGAGGUAUAUUAUUAUAUGGUAGAUAAUAAUACUUAUCUUUCGUAAGAAGAAAAAUCUGUAUUUUAUCUGUACAAUUCUGAGAAGAAUCUUGUGUUUGAUGUUGCACCAGACUCUCCCCGUUGGUUUUUUUAUCCCAAUUUAUAAAAAAAAAUAAAAAAAGGUUUCCUCAUACCAAAUCAACAGCUACCAGGAGGGAUUUUUUUGUAGUAAGAAAUCGUGUUAUCAAGCAUCUAGACUGAAUACCUUAAUACUGGAUUAAAUCAAUGGUUAUCAUCGGAUGGUGCAUACAACAAUGGAUCAUGUUCGUGAGAUCACUGAAGCUGUGCUGUGUUCCCUGCAAAUUUAAACUAUUUACAAUAUGAAAAAAAAAAAAGUCUCUUUAUAAAAAGAUAUACUGAAUCACAUUUAAAAAAAAGGAUUUUUAAUUGAAAUGAAUGAAGUUGGUUAUUUCUUUGUGUGAAAGCAGCUUUUAUUCUAUAUUUUUAAAUAUAGAAAUACAAUAAGAGCUUACGUUCAUGGGUGGAUAUUUGUCACAAAUAACGAUAAUGAUGUACCCUCUUCAUCGCUCGUUUACAUCAUCAUUAUUAUAAGUGGCACUGUCAUCACUAUGGUUAUUUUCUUACUCCAUAAUCACUACGAGUACAACGUUACAAUCAUGUGUGUGUAUUGUAUUACAGGGCCUGGAAGCACCUGGGUAGUGUAUCUCUGACGAUCACCUUAACGUCUAACACGUCCCAUCUGUGUCUCUCCUUU